AUGAAUUUGUAUUCAUUUUCUUCUAUUCUGUAUUUUAGGGAGGUUACUGACAACAUGUAUAUUACCACAGUGCCAUCCAAUGCAUUUCUGGGAAUGGCUGAGGAAUGUUCAAUAAUGAACCUUUUUAAAAAUGGAUUUAAAGUUAUACAGAAACAUGCAUUCAAUGGGACAAAGCUGAAAAAACUGUCUCUAAAAGGCAACGAAUAUCUCCGAAAAAUCCAUAAUGAUGCCUUCAAAGGAGCAAUGGGACCUACUGUUUUAGAUGUUUCUUCAACUGGUCUUCAGCUUCUGCCAACCUAUGGACUUCAAUCUGUUAAAGUUUUAUUUGCACAAACGGCUUACGCUUUUAAAGUGUUGCCCCCCUUAGAUAUAUUUGCUAAUCUAGAGGAAGCACAUUUAACAUACCCCAGCCACUGCUGUGCGUUUCGAAAUUGGAUGCUGAAAAAAACGCAAAGCAGUUUUAGUGACUCAUUCAGCAACCUCUCCAAACAUUGCAGUGAUGGGACAUUCAUUGAAAACCUCUUUCUUGAAGGGAUUGACUCCUACAAUUUGGACCUUCAGUAUCCGGAGUUGGACACCUGCAAGAUAGAAAUUCCCUUAAAAUGCACACCAAAGCCCGAUGCUUUCAACCCCUGUGAGGACAUCAUGGGCUACAGCUUCCUAAGAGUCCUGAUUUGGAUUAUACAUAUCUUCGCUAUUAUGGGGAACUGUGUUGUUCUUUUGGUUUUAGUCACUAGCCAAUACAAGCUCACAGCUCCUAGGUUCCUCAUGUGCAAUCUUGCCUUUGCAGACUUUUGCAUGGGUGUCUACUUGCUCAUGAUUGCCUAUAUUGACUACAGCUCAAAAGGCCAGUAUUACAACCAUGCAAUUAAAUGGCAAACUGGGGCAGGCUGCGGCAUAGCAGGAUUUUUAUCUGUUUUUGCAAGUGAACUUUCCAUAUACACACUAACGAUUAUCACACUGGAGCGCUGGCAUACCAUCACGUAUGCUAUGCAGUUGGAGAGAAAGCUUCGGCCAAGGCAUGCUGUACUUAUCAUGGCAGGCGGAUGGGCAUUUUCUCUGAUCAUGGCUUACUUGCCAAUCUUGGGCAUCAGCAGUUAUGCAAAGGUUAGCAUGUGUUUGCCAAUGGACAUUGAAACACCACUUGCUCAAGGUUAUAUCAUCGUAAUUUUGAUUCUCAACAUUGUUGCUUUUGUCAUCAUAUGCACCUGCUACAUUAAGAUCUACUUAAAUAUACGAAACCCAGAAUUUGCAGGUAAACACAGUGAUGCCAAGAUUGCCAAGAAGAUGGCUAUACUAAUCUUCACCGAUUUUUUGUGCACAGCCCCCAUAACUUUUUUUGCCAUAUUAGCUGCUUUUAAACUGCCCCUCAUUUCUGUUAGACACUCCAAGAUACUUUUGGUUUUAUUCUAUCCCAUCAACUCGUGUUCAAAUCCAUUCUUGUAUGCCAUUUUUACCAAGACAUUCAGAAGGGACUUCUUCAUGCUAAUGAGCAGACUUGGCUGCUGCAAGACACACGCUAACACAUACCGAACGCACAGCUUCUCGAUGCAGAAAUCCAAUGUAAUAAACCUUAGCUCUGUUAGCAGCACCAACCGGAGCAGCCAAGCGGUAUUUACUGUGACUACAUUCCAGUGCCAGUGUUCUGCAGUGACAGGGAAGCAAGGGAAGUGCCUGAGUCUUCCAUAGAUGAAUGCAUUGGAACGUCUGGAAAUUAAUCAUCGACAUCAAGGAUCUUUACGCCUAGUAAGCCUUCAUUGUGGUGCUUUUCAAACACAAACGGAAUAAUGUGAACUUCAGAUUUUUCACCGUAUUCUAUAAAAUUGUGGGAAAGAAUGCAAGCAGAAAGCGUUCCUAAAUACGUUGGAAGGACUAUCCAGCAAAUAUGGUUUUAAAAU